AAUAGAGAAAGAAAAGGAAUUCCAUGAGUUUAUCCGAAAUAAACGAGCGGGGAAUGGAACUGGGAAGCGUUCAAUUAGAAGAGGAUAGCCCGAAGAUAGAAAACAAAGGAAUGGUGUACAUUUCCUCCAUUCCAAAACACAUGAAUGUGACGAUUUUGCGCGAGCUGCUGCAACCGAUGGCCAACGUGGGCCGUGUCUACAUGCAACCGGAAUCUAAAGGAGCAAAGGAAAAGAAAAGGGCAGUACUAGGAAAACGAGCGGUUCUCAAUUACACCGAGGCUUGGGUGGAGUUCAGCAGAAGACGUGAGGCACGAUUGCUUGCCAAACGCCUAAACGCACAACCAAUCAGUACCAGCCGAAAGUCGGUGUUUUGUGAUAUCCUGUGGAACAUGAAAUACUUACCACGGUACACUUGGGUGCAGCUAAGCGAGCGGUUAUCCUACGAAAAAGCUGUUGGCCCGCAGAACCAUCGUGCCGAAAUCGCUCAAGCGCGGAAAGAGGCUGCCCACUUUCAGGCCAAUCUGGAUCGCAGUUUUUCCCGGCUGCAGCGACGACGAAAAGAGAACCAUGUUAACGGCUUAGGAAAUAGUUAAUCAAUAAAACGAGCGUGAUUAUU